GCUUGACUGCUAUUUUGCGCCCUUCCAGCCUACGGAGCUGCGGCCGGCUGCUGCCUUCAAGGAGGAGGUCGCCGAGUUCGUGUCCCACAUCACUCCUUUGUUCUUCUUCGCGAUGGUCUGGUCUGUGGGGGCCACGUGCGAAGGUUCCACACGGCCGGCUUUCUCCAAGCUGAUCUGGGCCAUUUUGAAUGAGGAGAAGCACGAGCGGCUCGAACUCGAGGUCCAGGGCAUGAACGUGGAACUGCCGCCCGUCCAGGAUGGCAUCAAGCUGGCUGGCCUGGAUAUCGGCGCAUUCAUCUACGAUUACUUCUACGACAUUCAGAAGAGCCAGUGGGUUCCCUGGAUGGAGACCAUCCCUGCCUUCGAGAUUCCCCGCUCUGCACAGUACGACGAGAUCGUGGUUCCGUCUGUGGACUCUGUCCGCUUGGUCUAUGCCUUCCAGAUUCUGAUCACCCACGACAAGCACGUCCUGUGCCCCGGCCCCACGGGAACUGGCAAGAGUGUGAACAUCUCCAUGUGGUUGCAGAAGCAGGCGCCAGAGCACUUUCAAGGCGUCUUCGUGAACUUCUCGGCCCAGACGCAUGUCAACCAGUUCCAAGACCUGAUCGACAGCAAGCUGGAGAAGAGGCGUCGUGGAGUCUACGGCCCACCGGCCGGCAAAAAGAUGGUCCUCUUCGUGGAUGAUCUGAACAUGCCUCAGAAAGAGUACUAUGGCGCACAACCGCCCAUCGAACUGCUUCGGCAGUGGCAUGACCACGGCGGGUGGUACAACAGGAAAGAGCUCAAGAAGUUCGACAUUACCGACAUGAUCAUGGCAUCUGCUAUGGGGCCUCCCGGCGGUGGUCGCACAUUCAUCACCGAGCGUCUGAAACGCCAUUACAAUGUACUGGCUUACUCGGACCUCCAGGACGAAUCCAUCUCCCAGAUCUUUCGGACAAUUGCCAGCUACUUCUUUGCGGGGUUCGAUGAGUCAAUCCAAGCAACUAUCCCUUGCAUGAUCAUGAGCACGGUGAAGAUCUUCAAGCAAGCGCUGCAGGAUUUGCUGCCGACCCCGGCCAAGUCGCACUACCUCUUCAACCUGCGCGACAUCUGGCGCGUCUUCCUUGGGCUGUGCACUCUGAGCUCCAAGAAGGCGAACCAUCGGGACAUCGUGAUCCGUUGCUGGUGCCACGAGAUUCAGCGGGUCUUCGGGGACCGCCUGACAGACGAACAAGAUGCGGGUUGGAUGCAGAAGCAGAUCACAAGUUGUCUCGAAGAGGAUUUUCAGGUCCAGGUUGAGAACGUCUUCGUGCGUGAGAGGCUGCUGUUCGCCUCCUUCCUGAAUCAGGAUGCUGACCAGCGGUACUAUGAGGAAGUCACCAACAUUCAGGCCAUGAAAGAGUGCAUUGAAGAGUACCUGGAGGAAUACAACAGCGUUAGCAGCUUGCAGAUGCCAUUGGUGAUGUUCUUGGACGCUUGCGAGCACUGCGCUCGCAUAUGUCGUGUGCUGAGUCAGCCGAGUGGCAACGUCCUCCUCCUUGGGGUUGGUGGAAGCGGGCGCCAAAGCUUGACUCGGCUGUCCACCUACAUGAACGAGUGUGAGUGCUUCCAGAUCGAGGUGGCCAAAGGCUAUGGCAUGUCUGAGUUCAGGGAUGACAUCAAGAAGUGCCUCAUGAAGUGUGGGGUGGAGGACAAAGUGCAGGUCUUCCUCUUUUGCGACACACAGAUCGUAAAGGAAGAUUUCGUCGAGGCCAUCAACAACGUGCUGAACAGUGGCGAUGUGCCGAACCUCUAUGCCAAUGAGGACAUGGAGUCCAUCUCCGGUGCUUGUCGCCAACUAUGUCAGAAUAUGGGAAUGCAGCCGAACAAAGCCAACCUCUUCAGUGCCUACCUCUCGAGGGUCAAGAAGAACGUUCAUGUCGUCUUGGCGUUCUCACCAGUGGGUGACGGCUUCCGCAGCCGUUUGCGGAUGUUCCCCUCGCUGGUCAAUUGCGACGACCUCAGCUGUAUAUCGGUGUUUCUAGGCCCUAGGCCCUUCGAGCACAGAUCAGACGGGAGCUUCAAUAAACUAGACACAUGA